GGGCGAAUAACAUACGCCCUCAUUCCAGCCAAUCAGAUUUCGCACCCACACGUGGCCAAUUCCCAGGCCAGGUCACUUAAAAUGAUGGGACAGGUGGUGCUGUGUUCACUGUCAAAUGAGAUGAUUUUGCCCAGCUGUCUAUAGUGGAUGUUCGGCGCAGUUAUAAGCAAGCAUACCAGGGAAAGAAACAGACUUAUAACUGCUGAAAUAUCUGCAAAGCAUCUAACCCUAGUCCCACGAAACCUUCACAAACCCACAAACAUUUUUUGAGGACUGACAGAACAAUCAUAGGACACUAUAGAGGAAUCAUGCCUUCAGCCCCUUCCACAACAGAGAACAACACCCCUGUCUGCCCUUUUGCUGGUAAAAUUGACAAAAAUGGUGUAGAGAAAAAGUUUAACAUUUUGGAUGGUGAACAUGGACCCCUGCAACUUAAUAGUGAAACUGGGGUCACUGACCCAAAAUGGAUUCGUCCUGACCUGCCAAGCAAGUGUACCUGGACACCAGGGGUGUCUCAUGAAAAUUCCCCACAUUCACACUUCCCCAGGACAAAAGCUCAGAGCAUUCUGCCCAACAUCCUGAAGAGGAUUGGAGACACACCGCUUGUCCGAAUAAACAAGAUCUCUAAGACCUUUGGGCUGAAGUGCGAACUUUUGGCAAAAUGUGAGUUCUUUAAUGCUGGUGGUAGUGUGAAGGACCGUAUUAGUCUUCGUAUGGUGGAGGAUGCAGAGAGGGAAGGCAUCCUCAAACCUGGAGACACUAUCAUAGAGCCCACCUCAGGAAACACUGGUAUUGGACUUGCGCUAGCUGCAGCAGUGAAGGGUUAUCGCUGCAUCAUUGUCAUGCCAGAGAAAAUGAGUAUGGAAAAGGUUGAUGUGUUAAGAGCUUUGGGAGCUGAGAUCGUCCGAACUCCCACCAGUGCACGUUUUGACUCCCCAGAGUCCCAUGUGGGUGUGGCAUGGCGCCUGAAAAAUGAGAUUCCAAACUCGCAUAUCCUGGACCAAUACCGCAAUCCCAGCAACCCCCUGGCUCAUUAUGACACCACUGCUGAGGAGAUACUGGAGCAGUGUGAUAGAAGAGUGGAUAUGCUGGUUGCAGGGACUGGCACAGGUGGCACCAUUACAGGUAUUGCCCGCAAACUGAAGGAGAAAUGUCCCAAUAUUAAGAUUGUUGGAGUGGACCCAGAGGGCUCGAUUCUUGCUGAGCCCAAUGAGCUGAACCGGACAGAUAAAACCCAAUAUGAGGUGGAGGGUAUCGGAUAUGACUUUAUACCCACCGUCUUGGAUAGAUCAAUGGUUGACAAAUGGUACAAGUCCAAUGACGAGGAGUCAUUUGCCAUGGCCCGAAUGCUUAUAAGAGAUGAAGGGCUGUUAUGUGGUGGUAGCUCGGGAACAGCCAUGGCAGCUGCAGUAAAGUUUGCCAAAGAGCUGAAAGAAGGGCAGUGCUGUGUAGUUGUUCUGCCAGACUCUAUUCGCAACUACAUGUCCAAGUUUUUGAGUGAUAAAUGGAUGUUCCAGAAAGGCUUUCUGAGGGAAAAGGAUAUGAUGGUCAUUAAGCCCUGGUGGUGGAAUUUGAGAUUGCAAAGCCUGAACCUCUCUGCACCCCUUACUGUUCUGCCCACAGUCACUUGCCAAAAAACCAUCAAGAUCUUGAAAGAGAAGGGCUUUGACCAGGCGCCUGUCGUAGAUGAAGCUGGGCUGAUUCUUGGGAUGGUGACUCUGGGAAACAUGCUUGCUUCUGUGCUAGCAGGAAAGGUCAAGCCCUCUGACCCUGUCAGCAAAGUGCUCUACAAGCAGUUCAAACAGAUUCGUCUUACUGAUAAUUUGGGAAAGCUUUCUCGGAUCUUGGAAACUGAUCACUUUGCCCUGGUAGUCCAUGAGCAGAUUCAGUCUUCACAAACAGAAGGGAAGGAGAACACAGGGAAGCAGGUUUUUCCAGGCUCAGAUCUGACAGAUGGAUCCUCUAGUCUAAAGCAAAUGGUGUUUGGAGUGGUGACAGCCAUCGAUCUCCUCAACUUUGUGACCGCACGAGAGAAAAGAGAGCGGUCCAUGUCUGAAUCAGCAGAUGAAUUCUGAAUGCAUUAGAGGCCUUUCUGUCUUCUAACCAAUCUAUCUGAAUGCAAUGCACAUCAAAGAAUCACUUCAGAGAUAGUCAUAAGAUCUUAAUGCCCAAACUUGCACAAUAAGCUUGUGUUUGGUGUAACUAUAUUUUUUUUAUCAUGAAAAAGUGUACCACUUUGUGUAGUCUAACAGAUUUUACAACGAUAAUUGAAGGCAGCUGAAUUUUCAGCUGUGUCAUGGUACACAAAUUUCAACCAAAUUGUUCAGGGUGGGGUUAGUGUUAAAACAAUUAUAGAAAAUAGUACAGUAUUGUUUAAUGUUGUCAUAAAGCUGUUUUUCAUUUGCUUUCAUUGCUCCUUUUUAUUAUGAAAAGUUUGUGUAUCUGUAUAAUAUAAUUUAGAAGAGUGUGAUUUGACUAAGCUUAACAGUAUAAUUUUUUGUUUAAGUUGAUCUAGUUUAUCUAACUCUCAUACAUCAGUGGUUCUCAACUGGUGGGUCAUGACCAAAAAUGGGUUGCAGCACUGUAAAAAAUGAAAUUGCAUUUUAUCCAGCUUAUGGGGAUUUUUGAGUCACAGAAACUCAAAAUGUAAAUUACUUUGCAUCUAUAUAAAAACACAUGUUAGACCAACAA